GGCUCAGUACGCUGCGAACGCUCAUUGAAAAUGGUCUGCAGGCCGCGCAUGCGCUUGAGCCCGAAAACGAACCGAAAUCGAUACAGAAGCCAAGCGCCAGUCGCGUGUUCGCGUUUUGCUUCGAUUUAAUUUCGGUUUUUCUUUUUAUACAUUUUUUAACUGUGUGCUGUGUGUGCAUUGAAAGUUUGACGCCUCUGGAAGUUGUGAAAAAGCGUCUCGAUUCGAUUUUAAAUUUGGAUUUUCUAGUGAUCGGCGAACGUGACCGGCCGAAAAUUGAAAAUUAUUUUCCUUGCAGUCUUCCACCUGAUCCACGAGGAUGAUCCGUGAGUGCCUGGCGCUGGUCGCCCUCCUUCAGCUGGGGGGCGUGACACGGGCUCUGCCCACCAUCCAGGGCGGCAAUGCUCGGCAGCAGCUGGACAAGAGCUUCUUCCAGCCCCCAGAGAUCGAGCAGACGAUCGACGAGGUGCAGAAGAUCCUGGCCAACGAUCCGGCUUUGCCCAGGUUAACGCGUGGCGAGAUCGAGGAGCUGUACGAGAAGGUGACCCGCGAGGAGUACGAGAAGAGCCUGGAGGCCGGUGACAUGAGCCGGGCGGACAGCAUGCGCGCCCUCAUGCUCGUGCUGCCCUUCAACACGGACAACAACACGGAGGAGAACCUGCAGGAGCUGUACACGCGGCCUCCGGUGACGCGCGUGAUCGAUGCCUACACGCCGCCGGAUCCCGUGAAGUUCCUCACCGCGGAUCCCAGUGCCCUGCCGCGGAGCACGGUGCCUGGGGGCAAUCCAGCGGUGGCGGCCACCACCUACAAGCCAUCCUACGGCCUGCAGCAGCAGUUCAGGCCCAUGCCGCUGGCGACCACCUAUCAUCCGCCCGCUCCGCCGCCGGUGGUUUACCAGGACUUCAAGCCGGUCACGGCGGCAGCUAUCCCAGCUAUCCCUGCACCGCACCCUGCCAGCCAUCGAUUCAGCUCCCACUACAGUGCCAAGAACGCGCAGUUCCUGAGGAAACCCAAGCCCACGGCCACCUCCAUCUCCACCGCCACCGCUACCAGCACGGUGAAGCCCGUGGCGGACAUCCUCGAAAGCCUGGGCAUCGUGUCGGGCGGCAAGAGCGACUCCGCCCACAAGCGGUAUGCCCUGGACGACUUCUACCCGGCGGAGAGUGCCCCUCAGCCGUCCGUGGUGGCGGUGGCCGAUCUGCGGGGUCUCCAAGGAGCUCGCAUCCGGCCGGAGGCCUACUCAAACUUCAAGCCCUUGAACAUUGGUGAAGAGCUGCGGGUGAAGCCCGAAAUCGAGGGUUACCUGACCCGCUUUGGGAUUGUGAAGAAGGCUCCGAAGGCCCUGAAGAAGGAGGGACUGGCGAAGCCCACGGAGGAGCCCACCGGUGCCCAUACGGAGCUGUCCACGGCCACGGCCCGGUUGCCGCCGACGGGAAACGCGGAGCUGGCCAAGCUGCUGGAGAACCUGCAGGAACUGGAGCGACUACAAUCGCAGCAGCCCAAGAGGAAGGCUCCCACGAGCACCACCACCAGCACCACAACCAGCACCACAAGCAGCACCACCACGACCACCACACCGGCUCCACAGCCACUCAUCACCCAUGGGGAACCCCUGCUCAUUGAGGCCAAGAAGCCACGCCGGCGAAUCGAUCCGAAUAUAGACCAUAACUAUGCCAGCGCGGGCAACCACCAGCCCACGCCCACCAGCUCCGAUGAACUGUCCAAGCUGUUGCAGAAUCUCCAGGAGCUGGAGAAGCUGAAGAUCAACCCGGAGAACGUGAUUAAGGCAGCCAGUCCGAGCGUGCAGUCCUUGAGCAGCCGGUUCUCCAGCACCACCAGCACCACCAGUACCACCACCACUCCCUCGCCCGCCCAAAACGAAGCCCGUGAGCUGCAGCGAAUCCUGAAGCAGCUGCAGCAGUUAGAGCAUUCCAGCCGGACCACAACGAGCACGACCAGUACAACCGUCAAGCCCUCGAGGAAUCAGGGCUUGGGAUUGGGAUUGGGACAGGCCAACUCCCUGGGUGCCGUCGAUCUGCUCCAGCUGCAGCGCCUGUUGAGCGACGAUCGCGAGUUGGAGAAGCUGUACGAGCAGGCCAGGAACAGCAAGAAGAAGCAGCAUCAGCCGAAGACGACUACUACAACUACUACCACUACCACUACUACUACGGCCGCCCCGGCAACCACGAGUACGGUUAAGCCCACUCCCUCGGUGGACCAUGCCCAGUUCGAGGCCUUGAUUACCCGCGUGCAGCAGUUGGAGCAGCUGCAGCAGCCCACCACCACGCCGCCCAACUUCCUCACCCGGAACGUGGCAGGCUCCAGGGCGGAGUUCUCCCUACCCAGCAACGAUUUUGCCCACCUGCAGGCGCUCUCACCGACCUCCGCCUCCUUCCUGCCGGGCGGAAGAGGAGCAGUGGAGAUCUCCACGGCUGCCUCCACCGCCAGGCAGAGACCGCUGAGCCACUUCGAGCGGAGCAACGGACUGCUCCAGGACGAGGUGCGCCCCCAGGACUACGUGCAGCUGCAGAAGCUGUUAAGCAAGGUGCAGGAGCUGGAGCGAGUGCAGCUGCGGACGGAUCACGUGACCCAGCCCCAGUUCCAACUGGUCACGGCCGCCUCGGUGCGCAGUCCAAAUGUGAAGACCAUCAACGGAGCCCACAUCGUCUAUGCCCAGCCAGCCAAGGAGCAGGAGGUGCAGCAGGAGCAGGAGCCGGAGCCGGAGCACGAGCUAAAGUUGGAUCUGCCCGUUUACCAGAGGCCGAAUCCCACCCUGGCCACGCCCACUCAAUCCUCCAGCGAGGAGCUGCGGGAACUGGCCAUGAGCCAGCCCGCGCAUCCGCAGCGAGGAGUCGGCGGAGUCUCGCCAGACUUUGUCCAGUUCCAGCAGUUCCUCGGCAGCCUGGAGGAUACGGGCGAGCGCCAGAGCUACCAGCACAUGCAGCCCAUCUACAAGACGGUGCCGUCCACGCCGGCCAAUCCUCGUUUUGUGCCUGCCAGGAGGGCGCCCACAACGCCCAGCUCGAGAGUUGGGCCCAAAAAGGGCGAUUUGGAGGAGCUGCAGAAGCUGCUGUACAACACCCAACAGCUGCAAAAACUGGGCGUGGCUCUGCCCAACGAGCUGUCGCAGCAGCUGGAGAGCCAGCUGCAGGCCACCUCGUCCUCUACAUCCACAUCCACAUCCACAUCCACGACCAGCACUACGACCACUACCAGCACCACUGCGGCUCCCGCUCAAGUGCAUGACACCUCCUCUCCGGCGGUCUUCUCGCUGACCACCAGCCGCCCCAAGGUGCCCAGACCCAUCGCGGAGCACAUGCCCACCACGGAGAGCGGGCUCCAGCUGCCUGUCUUCAGUGCCACCAAGAUCAUCGAGGCGGCCAUCAAGCGGGCGGCCAACAGGAUCGGUGUGAGCACCGAACUGGCGCCCAAGCAGGGCCUGCCCAUUGGGGUGGUCAAGGGACUGGGCUUUCGCCGGCGCAGCGACGAGGGCGAGGUCGAAGAUCUGGACGGAGGCGAGGGCGAGGGCGAGGCCAGGGAGGGCGAGCUCGAUGGCGACCUAAUGGCAGAGUUCAGUGAGCUCAAUUAUCAGCUGGCCAAGCCGGAGCCCGAGACACCCAAGGAGAAGAGGGACGACUCCAAGAGCAAUCUCAGCGAGCUGCAGCGCCUCAUCAGCAAUCUCCAGGAGCUGCAACAGCUCAACGUGAGUCUGAACCAGGUGACCACUGCUCCCAGUCCCGAUGCCGCGUAUCUGCAGUCCCUGCAAAACGGUCAGGAUGAGACCCUGAAGGCGAGGCGACAGAGUGAGGGAAAUGCCACCACAGAGAAGGAGGAGAAGGAGCCAGACCCGCCCACGACCACCCAGUCUCCCACUAAGAUCAGUCUGAGUCUGGGCUUGGACAACGACGAUGGGGACACUCAGGGAGCAGCCAAGGAGGAGGAGAAGUCAGCGAGCACCACAAGUACCACCAGCACCACCACCACCACCACAGAGGAGCCCCGGAACGGAUCGCUCGACGAUUUGGCCGACUCCUUUGGACCCGACCCUGUGAGCGAGGAGCCACCGCCCCCGGAGAAGAAGAACGGAUUCUAUUUCCUGGCCGAUUGGAACUCGUUCCUCGAAGUGGGCGACAGCGAUGAUCAGGUGGUGGUGCGACUGAGCCCCAAGAUCGGCGAUCCGCGCCUCUUCCUGCCCGUGAAGAUUCCCUAGUAGCAGGGUCCUUCGGGCCGGAUAUGCUGUACAUAUGUUUCCCCCGCUGUCUCGUCCUCUUCCAGCCGUUUGCUAUCCCAAUGUGUAUGUAUUUAUUGUAGUCACUGUCCUCUAAAUCUGCUUCCACCUCGGAAAAGGAAUUCGGGAUUCGCGAUCCGGGAAUCCGAGAAUCCGUCGUAAGUCGUAGUCGUAAGUCGGGCCUAGGCUUAAGAGUCAAUCAGCGAGAUCAAGGUCAAGCACAAAGUCGUAAUUAAUGCUAUGUAUAUGUGUAACUAAAGCUCUUGAAAUAAAGAUAUAUCGACAUAGUUAAGGAA